AUGGCUGUAGGGAAUCGAAACCAACAUGGUCCUCCUGACAACGACUGGAAUGAGAUAUUCUUCGAGUUAGAAGAUCUUGACGAAAUCAAUCCUGCUAAUGAUCAAUACAAGAUCAAAGUGCAUGUUAUGCGGAUUUGGAAAUCGUUCAAGACUCUAGAGAUGGUUCUAAUUGAUACAGAAGGAACAAGGAUCCAUGCAUCUAUUGAGGAGUCUUUGGUCAAAAAAAUUCAGCACCAGUUUGCUGUUGGUGAUUCGAUAAUAAUAGACACGUUCGACUUAGUUGAUUAUGAUGAUUUAAUUGGCCAGAUUGUUAACGUAGACUCUCUUGAGAAUAUCAAAACUAAAGGGAAGGACAAUGUGAAAUUAAACGUCGACGAUUUUGUCCAGAUUAAUACUGAACCCAAAAGUGAACAACCAAAAGUUACACUAUAUGAAGAGUUCUUCGUACUCAAUGAAAAGAUGACAAUAGACGACAUUCUUUAUGCACUAGAGGUGCGUACAUGUGUUACGAUCGCAAAAAUUAGCUCCGUAGAGACAUUGCCUAAAUGGUACUACAUUGCUUGCAACGCCUGUAAUAAAAAAGUUCAACCAUACCCACUAGAUUUUGAAGUCGGAAAAGAACGAUUAUACAGCUGUGAUGUUUGCGACAAAGACGUUACAGAGUUGGCUCAACUUCUCAUUGGAAAGAAGGCUGAUGAAUUGGUUGCAAAGAUAGCUGAGAUUCAUAUGCUUCAGGAUGAUCCUUCAACUAUUCCCAUUGCUAUUUCUUCGUUUAUUGGAAAAACUAUGUUGUUUAAGGUUUUGAUCACAAAUGACAAUUUGAAGAGUUCAAAAGCGGCAUAUGUUGUUGAAAAGUUUUGGGAAGAAGAAGAUAUGGUCGUACAAUUUGUAAAGAGAGCUAUGCAAAUGCCGAUGUCAACCCUCGAAUUCUAG